AUUUUUACACGGCGAUUGGACAAAUAAAUCAGAGCUCCAUUGUAUUUUUCGACUUAGGCUAUACGCUGUUUUAGGUAUAUUGCCGUAUAGGGUAAGAUAGGACAUACUUUUUUAUCUCUCUUUGCUCGUCCCGUUUGGUAGUAAACAAGGAUUUUUCCAGAAUUAUAUAGCAGUAUCCUCACGUUAGUUAUUAGAAUUUAAGCGAUUAAGGUGCUAACAGUUUCCAUCUUACCCCACAGUACCAUAUUAAACAUAUUUGCAAGGAAAAUGUCAAAUGAAACGCCCAAAGAAGCUGAAGUUCGGUUCACAGACGCCCAGGUUGAACAAUUUCGUCACCAUUUUGCAAAUUUUGAUUUUAAGCAAGAGGGUGCAAUAGCUACGGCUGAUUUAGGUUCAGUGUUGCGAGCUUGUGGCCAAGUUCCAACCGAAGGGUGGCUUAAGGAACGAAGGAAUGUGGCAGACCCUGAACACCGUGGUAUCGUGGAAUGGGGAAACUUCUUGCAAAUUAUGAAGCAAUGUGUUGCUGGGGGCGGAAACAAUGAUGAAGAAUUAUUGGAGGCGUUUCGAAGAUUUGAUAAAGGAAUGACAGGAGUGAUCAAAUCGGCCGAGUUACGUAAUAUACUGAUGACGAUGGGGGAUACCCUAACAGAGGAAGAAGCAUCUGAGCUCAUAAAUGAUGCUGAUCCACUUGGAGAGGGUGUUGUCAGCUACGAGUCAUUUGCAAGGGAAAUGGUUUAUAAUGGACCAUGAUUAAUGCGAUGUUUGGAAAAUGAAAAAAAAACAUGUUUAACCUCUGUAAAAAAAAUAUUUUUUUUUAAUAGAGUCGGUUUUGCUUUUUAUGUAUACUAGGGUGGGGGAAGAUGAGACACCUUUAGCACAUAAUUCCCAAAUAUCCUAACCGUGAUUUAAACAUUUAACAACAUUGUGUUGGAGUCGUGAGGAUACGGGUUUAUAUAGUUCUUUAAAUGUUAUUUGUUUUUUUACCAAACGUGAAAAGAAAAUGGAAUGAAAGGGUGUCCCAUCCUUCCACACCCUACUAUAGCAUAUAUAUUAUCCAAUUUGUAAUAACGAAAUUUGUAUUAAGAUUGUUUCUAUACUACUAUGGGGUAGGACGAAUUACCUUUAGCACAUAAUAUUCCAUAUUUACUAAUCGUGUUUUUAACAACUAACAAUGUUCUUUUCGUGAGUAAUUUGUUAUAUUAUUUUGCAAAUGUUCUUCGUUUACUAACAAAUGUGACGAUAAAAGAGAGUGAAACAUGCUUCAUUACACCCCACCCUAUGUUAUACGGAUUUUUACACAAUUUUGUCGGUUAAAUCAGAGUAAAUAUAAAAAGCAUAUGUUUUUUGAAUGUUAUUUGUUUACUACCAAAUACGACGUGAAAAUAGAAUGAAAAGUGUUUGACCUUAUAUGUAUGUGUGUAAAAAAUUAAUAUAUAAAGUAUAGGUUAAUAAAAGCACUGCUGUGUUAAG